GAAAACGUGUUUGCAAAUUUAAUAGAACUUUAGUAGUUUUCCAUCGAUAAAAUGUUUAAUUUAUUUGCAUUUUUUAGUUUUGUAUCAAAGUUACUGCGAUAUCUCGUGGAUCCUGUACUUGUUAUAAUUUUCUGCAGAUCCAAGGGAGCAGUUCCUCCGGCAGAAAAUGAUGUUCUCACAAUGAGCAUUGAUGAGUUGACCAAUAAAAUUAAGUCACAAGAGAUAAAAUGUCUGGAUGUCGUUCAAAACUACAUCAACCGUGCAAAAUCAGUGAAUCCCAAAAUCAAUGCAAUUGCAGAGGAAAGAUUUGAAGAAGCCCUCAAAGAAGCCAAAGCCGUUGAUUUGUUAUGUGAAACUGGAAAUGGCGAAGAGCUUCGUAAAAUUAUGCCGUUACUCGGUGUCCCGUUCUGCUUUAAACAAGUCAUUAAUGUCAAAGGGAUGUCGCGGCAUUUUGGAAGUCUCUGCGGUGACUCGGAUAAAAUGGAAUCCGAUAGUGAAGUGAUGAGAUUAUUGAAAGAAGCAGGAGCAAUUUGCAUUAUGACAGGCAAUACGCCGGAGAAAUCCAUCGGAUGGGAAACUUACAACUUCGUUAUUGGUCGAACACGAAAUCCGCAUGACUUUUCAAAGACUUGCGGAGGAUCAUCGGGUGGCGAUGGAGCGUUGGUUGGAUCAAAUAGUGCCGUUUUUGGCGUUGGAACGGAUUUUGCGGGUUCUAUAAGACUUCCGGGGCAUUUUUGUGGCAUUUACGGACAUAAACCGAGUCCCGGAUUGAUCUCCAUUGAAGGAAUUAACCCCAGAUUUUACUUCCCGCUGUUUGAAAAAAUAUCCGUCAUUGGUCCUCUUGCUAAAACUGCAGAUGAUUUAACACUUUUAGUAAAAAUUAUGGCUGGAAACAACAGAAAUCAAUUAGAAACGAACGUCAAUUUAGACGAAAUUCGUGUUUUUUACAUGUUAGGACUCGAAUCUCGUUGGUCCAUUACUCGCACAGACUCGCAUGUGAAGGAAAAAAUAUUAAAAAUUGCGAAACAUUUCGAAAGUAAAAGUUCAAAAGUUGCUGAAUUCGACACAAAAGAGUAUUAUUACCUGCCAGAAGUCACAAACAUGGGUGUCAACGGCAUUUGUCAAUUCCCGCAUUUCCUAAAUAAAAAGAGCACAAACAACAAUAACGUUGAAAAAGCUGAAGAUCAACACGCAUCCUUCUUAAAAGAAUUUUGGAAAUCAGUUUUUGGCUGUUCCAAAUACACUUUUGGCCUGAUAUGGUUCCAGAUGAUUUGUCAAGUGAAGGGAUUUAUAACACCGGGGUCAGAAAAUCACUGGAUUGAAGAAAUGGAAAGACUUAAAAAGUUAUUUAUUAAUCAAAUGUCAUCUGAUGGUGUCCUGAUAUUACCAAGUUAUCCAACGUCAGCUGUAACUCACUAUAGUACUCUAUUACGAGCAAUUGACUCGACUUAUUUGACAAUUGCCAACACUUUUCACUUGCCAUGUACUCAGGUUCCCGUGGGAAAAGACAAAAAUGGACUGCCUUAUGGGGUUCAAGUGAUUGCUGGACCAAAUAAUGAUGCACUUUGUUUGGCAGUUGCGAAGGAAAUUGAGAAUUUUGUGAAAAAUCUUUAAGAAAAGUAUUUUUAUCAGUCAAAAGUAUUUUUACCCGAAGUUUUUUAAGCCCAAAAUCUUCAAAAAAUUUUAAAGUUAAAUAAUUUUUUUCCAUAAAAG